AUGUUAGCAGACAACAAAUUAACGCAUUUAUUCAAGAGUUACUUCGAAAACGAGGGGAAGGUUAAGAUGAUUAUACGCGUAGAUGUAUGCGUCAAACCAUCCGCUGAUAAUGAAGAGACUGUGCAUGUGAUGAAAUUUGCCGAACAUUCUCAGGAUGUGUUGGUCUCUAAGUCUGUCAAUCGAUUCAAUUUCCAAACUAUGCCUAAACUGAUGGACAAUAUGCUAGCCGUGGAUUUGGCGGCCAUCAAUGUGGUCGGUCCGCCACUGCCCAACUGUUCCGUUGAAUGCUUGGAACAGAGAAAGCGAAACAAAGAGCUUAAGUUUGAAGUCCAUAAACAGAAUCAAUUGAUUAUAAGACAAAGAGUGGCUGAAAUGGAGAGGGAGAACAUGUAUUUGAAGCAACAGUUGACUGCAUUGCAUAUGGAUUUGGCGGUCAGAGAAGGACAGAUCAAAGACUACGAGAAUAAGUGCUGUCAAAGCGAGAGAUACGGCGACUCAUACCAGAAGAGGAUCACUGAUAUGGAGCGUAAUCUUCGGGCAAUGCAACAGAGUUUGGACGACAAGUGCCAAGAAUUGAGUCCAUCGGAGCUCAAGAAGAAGCGCAUGAAAGCCAAAAUGAGAGAACGGCUCGACUCGGAGAAGGAACGGCUGAAGUGUGUGUUCGAGCGGAUUCUGGCCGAGAAACAGAGCCAAUUGGAAAGGGAACAGUGUGUGGCCAAAGACAAAAUGAAUUUAGUUAAGCAAAUACUGAACGCCGACACCACUGCCACUCCCGUACAUAAUCCGCCGCCGGUGUCAAACCCUCGGCACCGGCGCUCGCUAUCGGCGGGCAACGAGAAGUGGAUCGAUCACAGACUAGUAUAUUAUGAUCCCUGA